AUGUUCACAGCUCAGUUCCUGAUGUCCUCUUGCUUCUUCACGUUGAAGUUCACGAAUCACGAAGAUUUGGUGACCUUCAGAAAAAAUGAAAAAUGUGGAGAGGAUUUAAAAGUGUUGAAUGCCUUGGACAACUUCGUGGAAGUGGAUUUGGAAGGGAAGGUGGCAGUGCAGCAUUCUCGUCAUUUCGACCUCUCCUCCCACUUGCUCCUCCAAUAUGCUCCUCCAGUUGACUUGCAUUGCGACAUAACUCUUCUCAACUCGUCAGCUAUGAAACUGACUCGAGUUUGGUCCAGUUUAGUGAAUAACUACAUUUGA